AUGGGGAGGCAGUUUCCAAAACCUGGAUCUUGCACCCUUUUGAGAAUCCCCAACCUUGGUGACACCCAGAUCCCUCGGUGGGCAUUGAGUGGCCUCACCAUCGAUGUGUGGUCCAAAACUGCUCUGAUUCAGCGCUGGAAUCUCACCCUGUCCCUGCGCGGGGCACUGCACACCGACGGCAUGGUGCUGAAAACAUCGCUUUGGAGGGGACAGGCUUCCCAUUUUUCCUUCUGGGCCAACUUGAUGAAAGAAGAGGCUGAUGACUACGAGAACUACUAUGACUAUACAGAGCCGGAGCUGGACACCAACCUGGAGCAGGCACUCUGGGAAGGAAUCAGCUGGUUCGAGGCAACUUUAGGUGACAUCUGUUACCCUGGUUUUUCUGCGCCUUUUGACUCAUGCUCGUCCAAUCCCUGCAAGAACGGUGGUACGUGUGAAGCCAAAGGAGAUGACUUCAGCUGUCGCUGCCCUGAGCCAUACAGUGGGACUACAUGUGAAAAAGUGGAGGACAGGUGUCUGGAGAAGAACUGCCACUUUGGCGACUGCCUGAUUACAUUAACCCCACCCUAUUUUAAGUGCAGCUGCAAGCCUCCCUACAAGAGACCCUCCUGCCAGCGUGCAUCCAAACAGUGCAGUCCAAACCCCUGCAAAAAUGGAGGCACCUGUAUACGGAACAGAUACAGAUCAAAAUUCACCUGCAGGUGCCCUGAACCUUUCAGAGGGAGAUUCUGCGAGAUCGGACCAAAUGAUUGUUACGAAGAGGACUCCUCUACAUAUAGAGGAAGAGUGAACCAAGCAGAAAGUGGCAGGACCUGCCUGCACUGGAAUUCCCACCAUCUCUUGGAUCAACCUUUUAAUGCUUUUAUGGAGGAUGCUGACUCAUAUGGCAUUGGUGAACACAACUUCUGCAGGAAUCCUGAUGAGGAUGAAAAACCGUGGUGCUACGUCAGAAAAAAUAAGGAAAUUGAGUGGGAAUAUUGUGAUGUUUCACCCUGCUCAGCUGAAGAGACCCCAACAGAACCCCCUACAGACCCCCCUGAAACAUUCCAAACAUGUGGACAACCUGAAGUUCGGAGGACACUCAAGAAGAUCUAUGGUGGAUCCAAGGCUACACCUGGAAAACAUCCCUGGAUGGCAUCUCUGCAGAGAGAGACUCCAGAGGGGAAUGAACAUUUCUGUGGUGGAGUGCUAAUUAAAUCAUGCUGGGUUCUUACUGCUGCACACUGCCUUGAAAAUCCAAAAACAAAGAUUCAAGUAGCCCUUGGAAAACAAAACCUCAAGAAGAAAGAGAAUCAUGAACAAAUAUUUGAUGCAGUGCAAAUAAUUUUACAUGGGGAAUACAGAGAGAAGGGUGGCGUCCUAUACAAUGAUAUUGCACUACUUAAACUGCAGCCUGUUGAUGGUCACUGCGCCGUGGAAACAAAGUAUGUGAAAACAGCAUGUGUCCCUGACUUCUUCCUUCCUGAUGGGACUUCCUGCUUCAUUUCUGGAUGGGGCCAGACAGAGACAGAUGACCAAUCCCAUCAGCUGUUAGAUGCCAAUGUCAAGCUGAUUUCACAGAGGAAAUGCAAUGAACCCAAACUACAUGAUAACACACUGGAUGAUAGCAUGUUUUGUGCAGGAAAUCUUCGGAAACCUGGAAUCGAUUCUUGUGAGGGAGACUCUGGAGGCCCACUGACUUGUGUAGAAAACAGCUCCUACUACGUAUAUGGCCUUGUGAGCUGGGGUGAUGGAUGUGGGUUGAAAAACAAGCCAGGAGUUUAUACCCAGGUGACAAAAUUUGCCAGUUGGAUUAAAGAUGUAAUUCAGUCUUCAUCAAGGUCACAUCAUUAG